GGUCACGUGGUUUCCUGCCGGUUUCCGUGUUUACGGAGCUCUGGAGGCUGGUCGCAGUGCAGCUGCGGGAGAAGGGAGUGAGCGAGCGGCCAUGGCGUCUCUGAAGACGCAAGAACGGACCAAAGAGAGGUUUUCCCUCUUGUUGCUGGAUUUGGAGGAGUAUUAUUUUGAACAGCACAUCGCCUACAACGUGACAAGCAGUUCAAAGAAGGAGAGAAAAAGGGGAUCAUUUAAGGUUUGUUCCAGGUCGAUCAUAUUUGAUCCAGAGGAUCUCACAGAGCCAAUUAUAAAGAUUCCUCUUCGAGACUGUAAGAAGAUUGAGUUUGUGAGGAAAGAGAACAACCCUUUUAAUGAGCCUCGUCCAUCAACCAUCUCUGUUUCAUCUGGGCAGGUUAUUUACAUCAAAGAAAGCAAUGUGAUUGCACCGUACAGAAUUGAGCGGGGAGCAAAGAAGUUGAACUUUCAACUGGAGGUUUGGAAUAAAACGGAAGAUGUUGUUCAAACAUUACUUCAGCUGCACAGAGCGUCCUGUCUGGAAAAGCUCGGAGACCAGACCGCAAUGAUUGAAGCUAAUCUACAGUCACGACUGGCGAGGUCAUCGUUUGACAAAAACUGCUUUCAGAACGUGGCUGAGAAGCCUCACAUGGAGUGUGAAGUGGAGAUGGUCACGCCGCUGGUGUCCAACCCGGGUCAUGUCUGCAUCACCGAUGAAAACCUUUACUUCCAGCCGCUGAACGGAUAUCCGAAACACGUGAUUCAAAUCAAACUCAACAGAGUCCGGAGAAUCUACAAGAGACGGCAUUGUCUCCGACCACUGGGUCUGGAGGUUUUCUGUACUGAGAAUGACUUCUGCUCUGACAUCUACCUGAAGUUCUACAACACAGCAGACAGAGAUGAAAUCUACUACUAUAUCGCCACUUUCCUAGAGAACCACAUGACGGAGCACACGGCAGAGAGUUACAUGCUGCAGUGGCAGCGAGGUCACCUGAGCAACUAUCAGUAUCUCCUCCACCUCAACAACCUGGCCGACCGCAGCUGCAACGACCUCUCCCAGUAUCCAAUCUUCCCCUGGGUCCUCGCCGACUACACCAGCGCACAGUUAGACAUGACGAACGCCGCCACAUUCAGAGACCUGAGCAAACCGGUGGGAGCCCUGAACAAAGAGCGUCUGGACCGACUGCUGGCUCGCUACAGAGGCAUGCCUGAACCUCGCUUCAUGUACGGCAGUCACUACUCGUCUCCAGGCUACGUCCUCUUUUACUUGGUCAGAGUUGCUCCAGAGCACAUGCUGUGUCUCCAGAACGGCCGCUACGACCACGCAGAUCGAAUGUUUAACAGCAUUGGUGAAACAUGGAAAAACUGCUUAGAGGGAGCGACUGACUUCAAAGAGCUGAUUCCAGAGUUUUAUGGGAACGACUUCAGCUUCCUGGAAAACAAGAUGAGCCUGGAUUUGGGCAGGAGGCAGAACGGAAGCUUAGUGUGUGAUGUUGUACUCCCACCGUGGGCCUCAGAUGCCAGUGAUUUUCUUCAGAGGCACAGGACAGCACUGGAGAGCCAGUAUGUGUCGGAGCACCUUCACGAGUGGAUUGACCUGGUGUUCGGCUUCAAACAGAGAGGCAGUGAAGCGGUGGCAGCUCAUAAUGUAUUUCACCCUCUGACCUAUGAAGGUGGCAUCGACUGUGAUAGUAUCGAGGAUCCCGACGAGAGAAUCGCAAUGCUGACACAGAUUCUGGAGUUUGGCCAGACGCCCACACAGCUUUUCUGCACCCCUCACCCUCAGAGGAUUACGCCCCGGUUUCACAACAUCACUCGGAGCUCCAGCAUCAACUCGCCAGUCAGUGAGCUGUCUCCAGUCUCUCAGAGCGAGGACUCGUCCUUCGAGGACCUGACAGAUGAGAGCAGGAAGUUGGCCUGGGCAAACAUGAGCAACCUGACACGGGUCUCCAGCCACAAGAUCCAUAAAGAGGCUGUGACGGGCAUCGCCGUGACCCGAGACGGAGCAGCUAUUUUCUCCACAUCCCAAGACUCAACCCUCAAGAUGUUCUCCAAGGAGCUCAAGGAGUUCCAGAGAAGCAUGUCCUUCUCCAACAUGGCCUUGUCAUCAUGUUUGAUGCUGGCAGAUGGUAAAACAGUUGCAUGUUCUUCAUGGGACAACAAUGUUUACUUCUACUCCGUCCCGUACGGCAGGCGGCAGGACACUCUGAUGGGUCAUGACGAUGCAGUCAGCGAAAUGUGUUGGUUUGAUGACCGACUGUACACGGCGUCAUGGGAUUCCACAGUCAAGGUGUGGCAGUGUGCGUCUGACGGCUCCUCCAGUCACAAGAGAUCCCAGUGUCAGCUGCUGGCUGAGUUGGAACAUGAUACAGGGGUAAACACUGCUGGUCUUAGUCCUGCCGGGACUCUGCUGGUGUCCGGCUGUAAAGACGGGGCCAUCACCAUCUGGGACACCAGCAGCUACGAAACACUGCAGCAAGUCCACUGCCACGCUGGAACCAUCCACCACGCAGCUUUUAGCCCUGACAGCAGACACAUUCUCAGCGUCGGUGCCGACUUCUGCAUGAAGGUUAUUGAUGUUCAGACAGGAAUGGUGAUCUCAACUGUGAAAGCUGAGGAGGAGCAGAGGUGUUUCUGUUGGGACGGGAACUCGGCGUUGUGUGGGGGACAGUCAGGUGACCUCCUGCUGUGGGACCUGCUCAGCAGCACAGUCACCAAGAGGAUCCCUGCACACUCAGGUGCCGUCACCGCAAUGUGGAUGAACGAUUUGUGCAGCACAGUGAUCACAGGGGGAGAGGACAGACAGAUGAUCUUCUGGAAUCUCCAGAGCUAAAGAACCGUUCCUGCACAGGUCUGCUGUGGAGACAGAGACUUCCAGUGCGACAAACAGGCCAAGUAUCCAACAGACUACCUGACUUUCAACAGACUCUUGGAAGAGCAGAAAAUGCACAGAGCAGUGGGAGGGUUUGAUACAAGUCUCUCAACUGUUCUCAAUCAAAAGGUCAUGUUUGUCGCCAAUUAUCUGCAUAUUGAGAUAAAAUGUCCAAUUGCAGCUUUGUGCAUGGGAAGAAAAGUAAAUAGUGUAUAUGACUUAUUUUCCCCAAUUCUUAUUUGCUAUGCAUCACGUUAUGCAGCUGUGUUUUUUUAAAUGAGCGACAAUGUUAUUCUAUGAAGUGGCCUUGCGCUGUCAGAGCUUCAUGCUACUCAGUUGUUACGGUUUAAAAUUACUUCCUGUCUUUGUUAAAUUUCAUAAGCAUCAGAGAUUAGAGAGAGACAUCCUGCAGAUUAAGUCAAAAGCGACUUACAAUAAGUGCAUUCAACCAGGUCUGUAAGUCAUUUUUACAUCAGGUGGGUUUCUUUAAAAGAGUUGGGAAAGUAAGCAGUUGUCAGAGAGUUAUUGAUAAGGGGAUAGGUGGUGACCAAGGAUAGCACCUCACUGGGAGGGAGUGUUGAAUAUCACAGAAUGGAGCAGGAAAUAAAAGCCAUUUUUUAGCAAAGUACAAAGUCGCUAGGAAGAAGGUAAGAGGAAAUUGCAAAAAGUUUGUUGGAGAGAAGGAAUUUUGGAUUCAAUGAAAGAAGAUCCUCAGGGCACUGCGCCCUUGUCUUUAAGCUUCUCUGUUUUUUGAAAACCUGACCACUACUAGUGGAGGCCAUCCUGUGGGAUGUUAGUUUUGCUACUUGCAGAUGCCACCCACCUGCUGGCAAGGCAACUCAAACGGUUGAAAACAAUGCACUAUCCACGUCAGACAGCAGGGGGCGCUGCUUAUCUGCGCAGACCAACGCUCUCAUUCUUUUUCUCUAAAAUGACUAGAACUGGUAUUAAAGAGCUCAGCCUUUAGAAUUAAAACUUGGUUUUAACUUUAUUUUAAAAAAAAUGUGUGGCACAAUGUACACACAUGUUAACUGUGAGAUGUGGCUACUGACACUGGUCAGUAUUUAAACAGACAUUUUGUUCUCUACUCAAGAGUCUGCAAAAGUUUACAAGGGGGAUCAAACUAGGAUUUUAACUCCUGAUAUCCUGUUUCAGUUCUGUGGCCAAGUUUCGCUACAUCUCUCUGGUGUGCUAAAAAUUGAAUCACUUUGGCUUCACAAUCGGUCAAUGAGUAGCUGGUAAGAAUGAUAGAGAUUUGAAAGAGUGACAUUCGGAAGCUUUGCACUUGAAACUUCUCAUUUGUUCUCUGAUGCAUUUUUCUGUAGACAGAGAAGGAAAAAAAUAAAACAGGACACUCGUCAAGUCAUCACUGUGUCCUUAGUAAAGGCUGCAUAACAGCAACACAAACUAGCGCUGUGUGUGUGUGAUGAUACCUUGAGUUUGUCCAGGAAGCCUCCCGCACGCAAGGCUCUCAGCAUCUUGGGCGUCUGUGGUUUGGUUCCAAACAGCGUCAGACCUUUCUGCUUCUCCUCGUUGGUUUUAGCAGCUACAGGGCCUUUGGCUUUGAGCAGUUUCCUUUACGGUCACAGACACAAACAGUAAUGGGCUAAGUAUCCUUUUUUCCCUCUAGUCGUUCGCCCAGUGUAAUAAUGUAAGUAAGAUAUUGAGGAUCUGACCCAGUUUUUUGGAGGAUAAAAUCAUUGUUACAGUUCUUGACUCAAAGUACAGUGACUCACCUUCCCUUCCUGGCCAGCACUUUCUGAGACUCUGGGUAGUGGACGAGGAUGUCAAACAGGUCUUUCUUCUCCAGGACGAAGAGGUUUGCAAAGCCGUGUGCUUUUACGUUGGCAGUGCGCCUGUUUCCGCCAUCUUUAGCAGAUUGCAGUAAACUUUAGAGGAAAAGGAGACAUACAUGUGUCAAUGUUGUCCACGUCAAAAUGCAAAUAAUUUGGGAAAUGUGGACAUUAAAAUAAUCAGACUGUACGAUAUACGGCUAUAGUAAUACACGCUGCGUUUGAAGGAUGUAGGCUCUCUUUAAUACAGUGUCCGUCUUUAUCAUAUGUUAAUAUGCCAGUGUUAAAACAAAAAGGGUGUAGCAUUGCAGUUCAUCAUUAUUAAAAACAGACUUGGAAAUUACCUUUGUUUACUAUAGGACAAAUUAUGGCAUCAGAUUUAACUGAAGCAAAUGUAUAUUAUCAAGCCAUUUACUGACUAAUAAAAUGUUACAAAAUCA